AAAAAUGGCGGCGGACGAAGACAUCGAGCUGCGCGAUCUCCUUUUGGAAACGCUCGAGAAAAGGGGCGUUAUAAACAAGAUAAAAGCCGAGCUGCGCGCGAACGUCUACCUGGCCCUGGAAGAGCAGGAGGGCGUCAAGGAGCGCUUGACGGACUCCAGCAAGGACAUGUCGCUGCGGCUGUCUUCGGACCAGGGCCGGCUGGCAGCGUCCCUUGUCCGAGACUUCUUAGAGUCGCUGGGCCUCCGAUUCACGCUCAGCGUCCUGAGCUCCGAGGCGCCUUUCGAACCCCUGGACAGGGCAGAGCUGUGCACUAGGCUGAACCUAGCAGACAGCGCUCCCGACCAGCCGGUGCUGAUGCAGCUUGUCAGCCUCCCGGAGCGGUCCACCGUCGUCUCCAAGGCGGUCGAGAGCCCCGCAAGAGCGGAAGCCGGUGACGGCAUCGCGGGUCCCGUCGGGGACACCACCUAUGUGGCGGGCGUUGCGCCGAAUUUGGACGUGGGACUUGGUUCCAGCCGGGACCAGGAAAGCUCGCUGCGGGCUGGGGACAGGCUGCUGGACCUUCCCGAGGUUCCCCGGGGCACCAAGGGUUCCUCCCUGCCCUCGCUGCUCCCUCCUCUGGGCACCAAGCGGCCCCCGCCGCCUGAGCAGCCGCUGCCGCAAGGACAAACAGAGGAUGAAGGACAUCCGUCGCUACAAAGUGCCGGUUCGGGAUCUCGGUCGGAGCACCGGGACGAGGGCAGCGUCUCGGAGGACAGUGUGGAGGAGGAGGUGGAAGAAGGGUCGUCCAACGCAGACGACCUGCUCAACAGCAGCCUGUCUCUGGGAGACGACAGGACUGUGGACCAGUCCAUCUCCAAGUCCAGCGAGGUGGAGGGCUGCGACUACGUGGAGAAAUUCCACUAAAGCGCCGCGGUGACCCGACACCGCCAGGAAGUGCCGUGGAACACGUGGCGACCUGCGUGUUGCACAUCUUUUAUGCACAAACGUUCGGGCACGUUUACUCAGGGAGCUUGUCACCGUGGGCUCUUCACAACGUGCACGACCAAAGUGAAGGCACCGCGUACGAGUCAACAGUUUUAGAAGGUAGCGAGCAUAGAGCUUGCAAAUAGGCUUUUGAAGCAACCCACACAUCGAGUUCAGAUUUCGAGGUUGUGGGUCCGGUCCUUUGACGUGUCCAAUGUAUAGACUCUUCUGGCCACGCCUGAGGAGAACCUUCCCCAGGCCACGGUGCAAGAUAUAUAUAUUGCAUUAUCCCGAGAGAGAGCCCACCUAAAAUUGAAAGCAAAUCGGGUGAAACUAAGGAGUGGGUUAGCUUUCCAACUUUCUGUGUGCAGUAGAAAAGAAAGCCGAAAAGAUGCUAGUUUUAGAUUUUGUGACCUGCGAAACUUGCGAGUGCAGAGAGGGGCAAUGAACUAAAUACGAUUGUCCCUCCCA